AUGAGUUCAAUUGGAUCAGGAUAUGAUGAUUCAUGUACAACCUUUUCACCUGAUGGAAAGGUAUUUCAAAUUGACUACGCAAUGAAAGCAGUUGAAAACAGUGCAACAGCACUUUCAAUUAAGUGUGUUGAUGGAGUAGUAUUUGGAGUAGAAAAGUUAAUAAUAUCAAAAAUGAUUGAUAAAUCAUCAAACAAACGUAUAUUUAAUGUCGGUACUCAUAUUGGAAUCACUUGCGCUGGAUUUCUUCCUGAUGCAAGAAAAUUAGCUAAGAAAGCACAAGAAGAAGCUGAGUCAUUCAAAGAAAAUUAUGGAAUGAAUAUUCCAGUAAAAGUAUUAGCAGAAAAGAUUGCUAUGUAUAUGCAAAAUUAUACAUUGUAUGGAUCAUUAAGACCAUUUGGAUGUAGUUUAUUAAUAGGAGGAGUUGAUCAACAUGGAUAUUCCCUUCAUUACAUUGAACCAUCAGGAACAACAUAUGGAUAUUUUGCUAAUGGAAUUGGUAAAGGAAAACAAAUAUGUAAAAAUGAGUUAGAAAAAAUAAAUUUCUCACAAAUCACAUGUGAAGAGGCAUUAAUUAAACUUGUAGAAAUUAUUGAUUUAUGUCAUAGUGAAUGGAAAGACAAACCAUAUGAGAUUGAAUUAAGUUGGAUCUCGGAAAAGACUAAUAACAUAGUUAAGAAAGUUGAUAAAGAAAUGAAACAAAAAAUUAUUGACCAAGCUCGUAAUAAACAAAUGCAUCAGAAUUAA